AUGGCUUUGGGGAACCACAGCACCAUCACUGAGUUCCUCCUCCUCGGGCUGUCUGCUGACCCCCACGUCCAGGCUCUGCUCUUUGUGCUGUUUCUGGGGAUUUACCUCCUGACCAUAGUGGGGAACCUGAUGCUACUGCUGGUAAUCAGGGUUGAUUCUCAUCUUCACACACCCAUGUACUUCUUCCUGAGUCACCUCUCUUUUGUCGACCUCUGCUUCUCUUCAGUCACUGUCCCCAAGAUGCUGGAGAACCUCCUUUCCCAGAGGAAAACCAUUUCAGUACAGGGCUGCCUAGCUCAGGUCUUCUUUGUGUUUGUCACUGCAGGGACAGAAGCCUGCCUUCUCUCUGUGAUGGCCUAUGACCGCUACGCUGCCAUCUGCCACCCAUUGCUUUAUGGACAGAUCAUGAGUAAACAGCUGUAUAUGCACUUUGUGUGGGGUUCAUGGGGACUAGGCUUUCUGGACGCACUCAUCAACAUCCUCUUAGCUGCGAACUUGGUCUUCUGUGAGGCCCAAAUCAUCCACCACUACAGCUGUGAGAUGCCAUCUCUCCUCCAUCUGUCGUGCUCUGAUAUCUCUAACCUCAUUGCCUUGCUCUGCUCUACUCUCCUGCAUGGGCUGGGAACUUUCCUUUUGGUCUUCUUAUCCUAUACCCGCAUUAUCUCUACCAUCUUGAGCAUCAGCUCUACCUCAAGCAGAAGCAAGGCCUUCUCCACCUGUUCCUCCCACCUCACUGCAGUGAUACUUUACUAUGGCUCAGGUUUGCUCCGCCAUCUCCUCCCAAACUCAGGCUCCCCCAUAGAGUUGAUCUUCUCUGUGCAGUAUACUGUAGUCACUCCCAUGCUGAAUCCACUCAUAUACAGCCUGAAAAACAAGGAAGUGAAGGUAGCUCUGAAAAGGACUUUGGAAAAAUAUUUGCAACAUAUCAGAUAUUAA